AUGCAGGCUGCUCUUAACAGAACUUAUCCCUUUGCAGGCCAAGCUAAAAGAUGGCCUGGACCGAUACCUCGAGGGUUGAGUAGAAGGAGAUAUACAGCUUUAUACAUCAGCAAACAUAUAUUUGCAUUGGAUGGUGAAAUUGAUGAGAUUGUGGGCCAUUCUUAUUUGUUUCUCAAAGAGCAACUUGAACUCUCCACAAUGCCAACUCCUUCUAGUAUUCUUCAUGGAACCAUAAUAGAUCAGUUUCUUGCUUGUGGGAAAUCAAGAGAUGCUGCUCAUGAGCUUGCUUCACAGAUUUGGCUUGCCGUCCUCGAUAAUUUGGAGGAAAAUGAGCACACGUUUGUCUUACUUAAACGCCUUGCACAAGAGGGAGAUGUUUUUCUUCCAUAUCCAUACACAAAAUCUAUUAAAGUACAAUGGAGAAUUUUUGAAAAGCUGUUCACCGAUUUUCGUGACUGUUUCAAUCAUGUAGAUUAUUAUGAUAUACUGGGCUGUGCAAAGAACAAAUUCCAGCCAAUACCCUCGGCUUGGUUGGGUUACUAGAUCACUUCAGGAAUUCAUUUUCAGGACCACACUGUUUGUGUACAUAUUAAUGCAAUUACUACUUUCGGUUUCUUCUUUGUUCCUGUUUUCUGAAUGAAAUAAUAAAACACAUGCCUAAAUUUGUAUUCACCCUUCACUUGUUGACGUUUCUUUCAAACUGCUAUUUGCUUCAUUUAAUGUGAUGGUGGGGGUUAGCCUACUGCUCA